AUGUAUUGCUAUCGUGUGUGUGCAGUUGUGUGGAUUAUUUUCGGUAUAUAUACGAUUAUAACGCGAACCUUUCGACAUGGCAUCGUGAAAGAAAUACUUACGUUUCUGCCACUUAAUGGGGACGGAGAGACUUACGAUGCAUGGGUAUCACCUAUGCAUUUAACUUUUGCCUGUUAUUUGUUCAAUGUUACGAAUCCCGAUGAAGUAAUGCGAGGAAGUUAUCCAAAUUUGGCCGAAGUUGGUCCAAUCACAUACGAUGAAAUAUACGAGAAGCAAGUGAUGAGCGUGGACGAAGAGAGCGAUGAAAUUACAUAUAUAACAAGAUCAACGUACACUUUUAACAAGUAUUUAAGUCUGAACAUAACUAAGCGAAACAAAAUUAACAUAUUAAAUCCUGCAUACAUUGGUACCAUUUCCAUGCUAUCUAGUUUACCUCCCGACAUCAUGAAGAGAUAUGGUAAUGACAUACCGAAAUUAUUUCCAAACAGAAGUAGCAUAUUUCUAAAAGCCAGUCCUAUGGAAAUUCUUUUCGACGGAGUUAAAGUUUCGUGCAACUUAAAAAAAUUCCCUGAGUUGGAUAUGGUAUGCAAAACGUUGAUAAGUAAUCCUCCACCUGUCUUGAGGGAAACCGACAGAGAGGGCAUAUAUCUUCUCAGUAUUUUCCAGAGGAUGAAUUAUACUUUUCGUGGACCAUUUUCUGUCAAUAGGGGUCUGAAAGAUAUAACUAGAUUAGGUGACAUAACGUCAUACAAAGGGAAAAGGGUACAAACAUUGUGGAGCUCUGAUAGUUGUAAUACAGUAAGAGGCACUGACACCAUCACUUGGGCGCCAUUGGUAGAACCUCUUCCUUUUGUUUCAACAUUCGUGCCAGAGUUAUGCAGGACAGUAGAAGCAGAUUACGAGGACGAAGUCUCGAUACACGGUUUAACCGGAUCGCGAUUCGUGAUGAAGGAGAGGACAUGGCUGAAGAACGAAACCGAGUGUUACUGCGUGGAGGUGAACCAUGUUCCACAGUGUCUGCCACAAGGUUUAAUCGACGUCACGGAGUGUCAGGGCGUACCGGUGAUCUUGUCAGAACCGCACUUCCUACAUGGAGACCCGCAGCUGCUCACCUAUGCACAGGGCUUAAGUCCCGAUGAGAGCGUACAUGGGACUUACAUCGUGAUCGAACCGUACACUGGGACACCUCUCUCUGGGGAGAAGAAGACACAAUUGAACCUGGAGCUGAAGAAGCAGCCAGUGAAGUUGCUGUCGAAUGUCAGCGAAGGGUUCUUUCCCCUUAUGUGGUGCGGAAAUGUGAGCUCUUUUCUGAAAAUUAUUUAUCAAUUUUGCUUUGGCCUCUUUCAGACAGUAGAAGCAGAUUACGAGGACGAAGUCUCGAUACACGGUUUAACCGGAUCGCGAUUCGUGAUGAAGGAGAGGACAUGGCUGAAGAACGAAACCGAGUGUUACUGCGUGGAGGUGAACCAUGUUCCACAGUGUCUGCCACAAGGUUUAAUCGACGUCACGGAGUGUCAGGGCGUACCGGUGAUCUUGUCAGAACCGCACUUCCUACAUGGAGACCCGCAGCUGCUCACCUAUGCACAGGGCUUAAGUCCCGAUGAGAGCGUACAUGGGACUUACAUCGUGAUCGAACCGUACACUGGGACACCUCUCUCUGGGGAGAAGAAGACACAAUUGAACCUGGAGCUGAAGAAGCAGCCAGUGAAGUUGCUGUCGAAUGUCAGCGAAGGGUUCUUUCCCCUUAUGUGGUGCGGAAAUGGUAACACGCCAUCGUUGUCUAUAAUAGGGUUAACCUAUCAAGUACAUCGUUUGAUACAGGUUAUAAGUUACUUGGAUAUAGUUCCCCUGAUGAUCGGAAUUCACAUGGCUCUGAUGACUACGCUUUAUUGUAAUUGCACGAGACGCAAAGUACAACCUACAGUUUCGAUCGCAGAUUCGUUGUUAAUAUCGUCGAAUUCACAGUCGAAUAAUAGCACACAUAGACCUAGACGACAAGCCGUACAGGCAUUCGAGCAAUUUUAA